AUGGCCACUCUCAACUCCCUCAAGUGGACUCUGAAGCUAAAAGCCUCGCCAUCAUCCCCGACGCAGCCAUUGUCAGACAUAAAGUACAGCGCUGGCUUGGAUGUCUUGCUGCGGGGAUCGGGAUGGAUGACGUACCAAGACUUUAUUAUCCCCCAACUUUCUCAGCUGCUAGCUCCUCUCUUCGACUCGGGUAUCCAUAUCUCGGUGUUAGAAAUCGGACCCGGGCCGGAGACCGUGCUAGGAUAUCUACCCACUCGUUUGAGGCGGAAAAUCAGGAAAUAUGUUGCAUUCGAGCCCAAUGAGCUGCUUGCUACAAGGUUGGCAAAAUGGCUUUCUUCGACAUCAGAGACGGAGUCCCCGCUGCCGGACUGGAAAGUCCGCCUGAUAUCCGCCGAAUUCCAUUUUACAACUGGACAGCAACACAAAGAGCGGUACUGGUACUGGUACUGGUACUGCCUGUAUGGCAUGAAGCCCAAAUCCAGUGUUAUUGAACUAGCGCUGGAAACGCUUGAUCGGCGCUCCGAAGAGGGAAUGGUGGUGGUUUUUCAUCGCGACGAGACCCUACACCUCGAAGAAUUAGUGUGUCAUCGAAGAGCUUCUUUCCCUGCUGGGACCGUUAGCGUGGUGAAUGAGGACGAAGCAUUGGACUCUUUUGCUUCUUUUAUCGCGGGGUUUGUCAUGCAGGAUGUGGAGGCGGACAAGGCGGUCCGAGUUGAAUGGCGUAAGGCGUGCCGCACCUUGGCCCGUUACGAGGACGGCCACCCAGACCAUCUCUUAUUCAGAUCGCCUGACAUCAUGGCGGCCUUCACCAAACAUGCGACCACGUUGCCGGAACUGACUGCCCAGGUGCCAUUGUUGGAGGGUGCAAAAAGCGUUAAGAACUUAGAAGCUAGCCUUCACCAUCCCGCCUCGAUUGUUAGGCCGACAGAGGUCCGACACAUUCAACAGUGCGUUCAAUGGGCUCUGAAGCACGGUGUCAACCUGACCAUCAUUGGCGGGGGUCAUAGCGGCCACUGCCUACGUUCCAACGUCGUUGCGGUCGAUAUGAGCGCCUUUGGGCAAAUAGACAUUCUCAAGGACGUGGAUGGUGGAGGAGAAUCUAGGUCCAAUUCUGUUCCCUUGGUCGUUGCCGAGGCCGGCUGCAAGACGGGGGAUAUUGUCCGCAAGACCAUGGCAGGGGGACUGACAGUGCCCUUAGGGGCUCGCCCAAGCGUAGGGGCCGGGCUAUGGCUACAAGGUGGUAUUGGGCACCUAGCCAGGAUGCACGGGCUCGCGUGCGAUGCCAUCAUUGGUGCCGUGAUAGUCAGUGUCGACUCUAGCCAGGCCCUUUACAUCGGCUGUGUGCCAAGUCAACAUCGACCUGCCGGUGCCGUGCGCCCAGAGAACGAAAAUGAUAUGUUAUGGGCGAUAAAAGGCGCUGGUGCCAACUUUGGGAUCGUAGUCAGCGUUACGUUCAAGACUAACGUGGCUCCGACCUUCUUCACUCGAAACUGGGUUAUCGAGCCGAGGGACAGUAUUGAGGCCCGGCGCACGCUUAGCAAGUUUGAUAAGCUUGUUGCCAGGAUCCCCCAGAACUGUUCUUCAGACGCGUAUAUGUACUGGGACAACCAGGAGCAGAAGCUGCAUCUUCGCAAUUUUCAGACUGUGGACGGCGUCGGUUUGUUCGAAGCCGAGAUGUACAUGUCCAGAAUGCACGGCGGGCACGCUGACAGGAAGACCUCCUCAUUCAAGCGAUGCUUAUUCUUCAAACGCAUUGGAGCAUUGAACAUCGCCGAGAUUUUUGUGGCAGCCAUUGAGAAUCGACCCUCGGAACUUUCCUAUCUCCAUAUGCUACAAGGUGGCGGAUCUGACUUUGCUUGCGUGGUAACUGGCGACUGGUACCGCGACGAAGAUAGAUCUGGAUCCGCUCGAGCUGCCGUUCAGUGGGUGUACGACGUGGCUAGAGACUUGUUGCCCGUGAGUAGCGGAGUGUACGGCGCAGACCUAGGGCCGGACCCCAGAGACGCGGCGCUGGCGACCAAGGCUUUUGGACCGAACCGGGCACGCCUGGCUCGCCUCAAGCACAUCAUGGACCCCCAUAAUGUGUUGGCUUAUGCCUGUCCGCUCCCGAUAACGCCGAGGGAACAGAAGCUCAUCAUUCUCGUCACGGGCGCAAGCGGCGCCGGAAAGGACUACUGCGCGAACAUCUGGAUAUCCGUGUUCCUCAAAUUGACUCAUAAAAGCCUUACAGCGCGCGUAGUCGGCAUUAGCGAUGCGACCAAGCGAGAGUACGCCGCGGCUACUGGUGUCGACCUGAAUCGUCUACUUGGGGACCGUGCUUACAAAGAGAAGCAUCGGCCAGCGUUGACGACCUUCUUCCGGAACCAGGUGCGGGAUCGACCUUGGCUGCCAGAGGAACAUUUUUUAAAUGUGGUAUACGGCGCCAGGGAAGUGGAUGUGUUGCUAAUCACGGGGAUGAGAGAUCAGGCACCAGUCGCGGCCUUCUCGCAUUUGGUGCCAGACAGGAGACUUCUCGAGAUUAAUGUCACAGCUAGCAAAGAGACGCGGCGUGCUCGCCGAGGGUACCACAAAGGUGACGAUGAUACGCCAAAACUGAAGCACGUAGCCCACCGCCCCAGUCUCGUCUUCAACAAUGACGCGAAUGGAAACGAGGCGGCGAAAAGGCUUGCCAAAACCCACUUGCUUCCCUUCUUCGAUGAAGAUCUUCAGAGCCUUGCCAACAUGGUGCGUCCAGUACCGGACUUUCCACGCUCGGGCGUAGACUUCCGCCACGUCCUCAACAUCUCCCAGCAGCCGGGUGGGCUGGCCCUAUGCACCUCUCUAUUGCGGACUCACUUCACGGGCGACUGGGCCAAAGUCAACGCCAUAGCAUGUUGUGAUACUGGGGGGUUUAUCUUUGCGUCGGCGUUGGCCUCGCGGGUCGAUGUACCCUUGGCGCUGAUUCGCGAAGCGGGCAAACUGCCCCCACCCACCGUUUCUGUCCUGAAGUCUACAUCUCACAUAUCUUUGACAUCCAAGUCAAAUGAGAAGAGUAUCGAGAUAGGACGGGAUUUGAUCACCAGAGGUGCAUCGGUAGUAGUGGUGGACGAUGUGCUCGCCACGGGAAAGACACUUUGCGCUGUGCUACAGCUUUUAAAGGAGGUUGACAUUGCUGAUGUCAGCAUCAUGGUCGUCAGGCCACAUCCUCUGCUCGCCCAGGUCCCACUGACCGUCUCACCAUUCAUCAACCUCCCCACCUCCGUCACAUUACCCUACACAUACAAAUCUGUCCCCUCAUCUCUACCCCCCUCAGUGACAGUCGAUCCAAACAGCCCGGAUGGUAAGGCCCGCUAUGUUGUCUCCCCAAGCGGUGAGCACGCAGCUCACCCAGAUGACGUCCUCGCCGCGUGCCACUCCCUCGAACAACAUUUGAAUAAGGCUCGCAGCAACGCGGAACAAGCGAUCAACGCAUGGAAAGAGUCAAUCAAACAACGCGAGUUAGCCGAAAAGAGACGCCUGGCUCCUGGGUGGCUUGAUCGCGAGGAAAAGCUCCUUCAGCCUAGCCGGACCAGUAUGUCUCCCGACCCACAGGGCGAUGAUCAUCCAAGCCUCCUGGAUAGCUCUUCUCCUGAACAGGGCUCUUCGCAAUUGCCGACCAUGGUGCCGCAUGACGAUGGGCAGGAGUUGGAUAGAGCGUUCGGUGGUCUGGGUUUGAAAUGA